AAAAAAGGUUUUUCAUCAGUUGAAUAUAAAAUUUCUAGACGAUCAGAGGUCUUUAGUGCGUUUUUUGUAACGCAAUUGCAAUAACUGAAUACAUUUCAUUUUCAAGAUUAAUUUUACACGUGCACCAAGUGACUUUUUUCCGUUGGUUAAAAAAAAAUAUUUUGAUUACACAUAAUUUACUAUUUCAUACGGUCCACAACCACGUCGUCUAUAAAAAGAUUAACGUUUUCUCCUUCCUGGACCUAAAAUCAUGAAAACAAAGCGUACUUGGGAUGUGCGAGCAUCAAAAAUCGCUGCCAACACCGUAAACCCUAUCCGAUCAAUCGUAGAUAACCUUCAUAUCAAUCCAAAUCCAGAGAAGCCCGUCAUAUCUCUCUCAAUUGGUGAUCCAACUAUUUUUGGAAAUUUAAAACCAUGCGAAGAAAUCACAUCAGCAGUCAUCGAAAGCGUCACUUCUAUGGAUUACAAUGGAUAUGCACCAUCAACCGGAUAUCGGGAAUCAAGAAUUGCAGUGGCUGAAUAUGCUUCAAGAGAAAAUGCAGUUCUCGAACCAGAAGUUAGUUAUACUUUUAUGGAUGUCAUUCUCACAAGUGGUUGUUCUCAUGCUUUGGAAAUGUGCAUUAUUGGUUUGGCUAACCCAGGCCAAAAUAUUUUGAUACCUCGACCUGGAUUUUCAAUUUACAGAACUAUUGCCGAGUCUAUGGGCAUUGAAACAAAAGCAUACGACCUUUUGCCAAAUCAUGGAUGGCAGGUGGAUUUAGCCCAUCUUGAAAGCCAAAUCGAUAGUCAAACAGUUGCCAUCAUCAUUAACAAUCCUUCGAAUCCCUGUGGUUCUGUAUUUCCAAAGUAUCAUUUAGAAGCCAUUUUGGGUGUAGCUGCCAGAAGAUGUGUGCCAAUAAUUGCAGAUGAAAUUUACGAAGACUUUGUUUUCCGUGGACAAGUGUUUUAUCCCAUUGCGUCUCUAUCGACUGAUGUUCCAAUUCUGUCUUGCGGCGGAUUAACAAAAAAAUUUCUUGUGCCAGGAUGGAGAAUGGGUUGGAUUUUAAUUCAUGAUAGACAAAAUAUAUUUGGAAAAGAGGUCCGCCGUGGACUACAAGCAUUGAGCCAAAGGAUCAUUGGAAGCAAUACUAUUGUACAAGGAGCAUUGCCUGCCAUUUUAAGGGACACUCCAGAAACAUUUUUUGAAGACUGCAUUGAAAUCGUUCAGAGAAAUGCAGUUCUGGCCUAUUCUAUUAUCGCAGAAGUACCAGGACUAAAGCCUGUUAUGCCAGCUGGAGCUAUGUACAUGAUG